ACUCAAAGGUUCCAAAGGGAAUCGAAUUGGAUUUUUCCAGCUUCACCUUCUAGCUGAUGCAUUGGAAAUGUCGUUUGAGGCCCAAUUGGAAGACUUUGUCUCAGCUGACAAUCCAGGCUCAGAUAAGUUAAAAUCUUCAAUGGUUAUACCUUCACCAGCAGUUAUAGAUCGUGUUAUGAGAGAACUGUUUCAUGAGGGAGUUCAACACGCUGACUUGUUUGAUGGUGGGCAUAAGACUUCUCGAGCUAUAAAAGGCGCGCCUCUUGCAUCUCUCUUUGCACAGUUUUGUUUACAUGCUCUUUGGUUUGGCAACUGCAAUAUACGUGCUAUUGCUGUGCUAUGGAUAGAGUUUGUUCGGGAAGUUAGGUGGUGUUGGGAAGAGUCGCAACCAUUACCCCGAAUGCCAGUAAAUGGUACAAUUGACCUUUCCACAUGUUUGAUCAACCAGAAACUUCAGAUGCUUGCAAUAUGCAUUGAAAAGAAGCAGCAAUGGAAUGAAGAUUUUCAAGAUUGUCUUGGAAGUGAGGAUCAUUCAGACUCUAUGACUGAGGAUGAAAGUGUUGUUGGGGAUGACUCAUACACUACGCAAAAACCCAUUGAAAACGUUUCUGGCAAAGUUGACAGCUUUUCAAGUGCUGGUGAUUCACAUUCUUGUGGAAGAACAAUAGCCAGAGAUGGUAGCAAAACUGAAGAUUUGGACCUGCUGAAUGAUAAAAAAUCUUCAGAAAGCACCAGGAGAGGUUCAGCUGGCAUUAUUGAUUCUAUGAUGCUUCUGAAGUCAUAUCAAAGCAUGCAUAACCCAUACACCCAGGAAGCACCACUGAUGACAGAAGACAUGCAUGAGGAGAGACUUCAAGCUGUAGAAGCCUCUGGCGAUUCAUUUAACUUUUCUGCACAGCUGGAGAAAGAGAUUUUAACUUCAGACAUGUCAGCAUUUAAAGCAGCAAAUCCAGAUGCUGUCUUUGAAGACUUCAUAAGGUGGCAUUCACCUGGAGAUUGGGAAGAGGAUGACCUUGAAGACAGCAUAUUGCAAAGUGGCGAUGGAGUUGAGAAGUCAAAAGAUAUUUGGCCUCCAAAAGGGCGACUUUCAAAGAGGAUGUCUGAGCAAGGGAACCUGUGGAGAAAUAUUUGGGAUAGUGCAUCUGCUCUUCCUGCUUCUGAACAGAAGCCUCUUCUCGAUCCAAAUAGAGAGGGAGAAAAAGUGCUUCAUUACCUGGAAACUCUACGGCCACAUCAAUUGCUUGAGCAAAUGGUUUGUACUGCCUUCAGGGCAGCGGUAGACACACUAAAUCAGACCAGUUAUGGAGAACUGAAACAGAUGGGGACGAAGAUGGACCAACUUUACCGUACCCUGGCAUCCGGACUGAAACCGUUGCAAGUGAAUCGUCUAUAUGCAGAUAGUGAGACUAUUAAUGACCUAAGACGACUUUGUAUCGUUUUCGAGCAUGUUGAGAAAUUAUUGACUACUGCUGCUUCUCUACACCGCAAGCUUCUGCGGGCACCACGACUCUCUAGAGAAAUUUUUGGUGAUUUCUACAACUUCUAUAGUCCGAGAAUGGGAACAGGCUUAACAGACGACAUUGUUAAUAAGGAGUAUGGCAGGAAACUGGAGGUAAGGAAUCAUGAGAGAGCAGUGGUGUCCAAUAUGUUCAGUCCUCCCACGGCCAAUCAAUCUUGGAGAAAAGUUCUGAGCAUGGGCAAUCUUCUCAACGGCCAUGAACCAAUCCUGAGGGAGAUUAUAUUUACUCUGUGCGAUGAGGUGAACGAGAAUCACUAUGCAGCUUGUGAUACAGGCGCUUCUCAAAAUGAAUUGAAGAGUUAUCGGAUGUAUACGAGUGGAACAUCAAAUGACCUCCGGGUAGCACUUUCUGUUGUCUCAUGUGAUUGAUUUAUUCAUCAGAUGUUCUGAUUACGGUUUUGUUCACAAGGAAUUGGCCUCUUCACUCGGUCCUCCUUUAAAGCGUCUGAUUAAAAUUUAGUAUCACCCGUACUAAACAGGUUAAAUUAAACAUAAGUAACAAGUAAUUAUAUAAAUAUGUGAGGAAUAGAUUCGAUUAAAAAAUGUGUCUAACAUGUUGAUAUGUUGAUUCAUAAGUGACAGUGUCUAUAUAUUAUUGAAGCGGAUGGAUUGGAUCUA